CAAGGGCGCAGCUAUAUUCUACAAAGUCAAAGCCUGUCUUUCUAAACAAAGCACCACCCAAACGAAACAUCACCAUGGCGCAACAAAACGAGAAGCCAGUCUUCUUCUUUGACAUUGACAACUGUCUUUACCCAAAGAGUCUCAAUAUCCAUGACAUGAUGGCUGAGCUCAUCGACAAGUACUUCCAAACUCACCUUGAGAUAUCGCAACAAGAGGCGAACGAUCUUCACUACAAGUACUACUGGGAAUAUGGUCUUGCCAUUGAGGGCCUUGUCAGGCACCACAAGAUCGACGCAUUAGACUACAACAAACAAGUCGACGAUGCGUUGCCCUUGGACGAUGUGAUCAAGCCGGACCCGGAGUUGCGCAAGCUGAUCGAAGAUAUUGAUACAAGCAAAGUCCGGUUAUGGCUGCUCACGAAUGCUUAUGUCACGCACGGCAAGCGUGUUGUCAAGCUGUUGAAGGUCGAUGACCUUUUUGAAGGCAUGACAUACUGCGACUACAGCUCUGACAGGUUCGUCUGCAAACCACAGGCAGAGAUGUUCGACAAAGCUAUGGAGCAGGCGGGCGUGACCAAGAACGAGAACUGUUAUUUCGUGGACGACUCGUAUAUCAACUGCAAGGCCGCGAAUGAACGAGGGUGGAAUGUCGCGCACUACUUGGAUCCAAGUAUUGAGUCACCUCCCAAGCAGGCUGCGAAGCACCAAAUCAGGAGUUUACAGGAACUGAGGAAGACGUUCCCUGAGGUAUUCAAGAGCUCAUCAUCGUAAAUGCCGGUAAGACGUGGCACUGAACGAUGAUGAUUUAGAACAUAUAGACGAGCGACACGAAUAGAACAUAGACAGGCUCUUGAAGAAGACAUGCAUUUUCAAG